AUGUGGCGGUAUGCCCCGAUACUCAGUAUAGUUCUUUGCCGUUUAAGCUGGACUUGUCCGAGGGCGGAGGUUUCGGAGCGGGAGCGUCAGCAGCUGCUUGAGCUUUUCGAUGAAUUCAGUGAUCACAUUUCAUGUGAUGCGUAUGACUUAGGGUCAUACGAAGAGACCGAGAUAGUUAUUAAGACAACCAGUGAAACUCCUCCUUCGCGCUUUAGACCUCCACGGAUUCCGGUAAAAUUCCAGAAAGAGCUCGAUGAGCAUAUUAACAAAUUGCUUCGAGCAGGUCACAUAGUAGAGAGUGAUACUCCUUGGAUCCAUAAUACAGUGUUAGUAAAGAAGAAGGACGGUUCCCUUCGAGUCUGUCUCGACUUCCGUCCUCUUAACAAGAUUACCAUCCCCGACCAUUACCCUUUGCUACGGAUCGAGGAUAUACUCGCUAAGAUAGCGGGUCAUAAAUACUAUACGACGUUGGAUUUAGCGUCAGGUUAUAUGCAGUUUUUGUUAUCACCUGAGAGACAGGAGAAAUGUGGAUGGGCAACCCACCAUGGAGUGUAUCAGUUCGUCUACCUUCCCUUUGGCCUUAAGAAUGCCGGCGCCUACUUCUCUCGAUUUCUCUCUAUUGGCAGGCUUAAAAGCCAACUGCCUGGCCUACCUAGACGACAUUGUUAUCUUCGACAAAGACUUCCCGAGCCAUUUGGCCUCCCUUAG